AUGAGCGGCGACACGUACUCAUCGCGCGACGGAGGCCGCCAUGGCUCAUCCAGGGACUACGGCUCCUCCCGCCGCGACCGUGACGACCGACGAGACCGUGGCCAUGACCGCGACCGCCGCCGCCGCUCUCGAUCUCCCUACGACAACUCCCGCCGGCGCGAUGCGGGCGGCGAAGUAGAUAGCUACUCGUCCAGCAGGAACCACCGCGACCGAGAACGCGAGGAUAGAUAUGGGGGGCGAGACCGCCGUGGAGAUCGGGACUGGGACCGCGAGAGACCACCAAGGCGUGAAGGCGGCGGCCGUAGGGACGACGACAGACCCCCUCGUCGCGAUCGUGACCUCUUCGACGACCGGCGCCGGGGUGGAGGCGGUGGACGUGGCUUUGGCGGUGGGCGGGACAGGGAGAGGGAGAGGGACCGCGAUCAGGACGAAUUUAGGGACCAGCGACGCCGUAGUGAUUCGCCGCCACCUAAGAAGAGGGAGCCCACCCCCGACCUGACCGACAUCACGCCCGUCCUGGAGCGUAAGCGACGCCUGGUGCAGUGGGACAUAAAGCCGCCCGGCUACGAGAACGUGACAGCAGAACAGGCCAAGCUCUCUGGGAUGUUCCCGCUACCCGGCGCACCCAGACAGCAGCAGAUGGACCCUACCAAGCUCCAGGCAUUCAUGAACCAGCCCGGGAACUCGGUCAGCAGCGCCACCCUCAAGCCUACCAACUCGCGGCAGGCCAAGCGCCUUGUCGUCUCGAACCUCCCUCCCUCGGCGACCGAGGAGGCCAUCUCCAGCUACUUCAACCUGCAGCUCAACGGGUUGAACGUAAUCGAAUCCACCGACCCCUGCGCUCUCGUCCAACUAUCCGCCGACCGUUCUUUUGCCCUAGUCGAGUUUAAGACUCCCGACGACGCCACAGUUGCCCUGGCUUUGGACGGGCAGUCGAUGGAGGCAGAUGAUGCCAGCGGAGCGGCCAAUGGUGUGGCCUCGGGCUUGCAGAUCCGGCGGCCCAAGGACUACAUCGUUCCAGCCGUCGUCGAUGACCCCAACUACGAGCCUGGCCGCGUUUCCAACAUCGUGAUCGACACGCCGAACAAGAUCAGCGUGACCAACAUCCCGCCGUACCUGACAACUGAGCAGGUCCUAGAGCUGCUCAGUAGCUUUGGUGAGCUCAAGGCGUUUGUCCUGGUCCAGGACCGUAGCACUGAGGAGUCACGGGGCAUUUCUUUCUGCGAGUACCUCGACCCGGCCGCCACCGAAGUCGCGAUCAAGGCUCUCGACAACAUGGAGCUUGGCGAGAACCACCUCAAGGUCAGGAAGGCUAGUAUAGGAAUCACUCAGGUUGCGGGCGUGGAGAUGGGCGUCAACGCAAUGUCCAUGCUGGCCGGCACCACGUCCACCGACUCGGAGGUCACACGUAUCCUGCAGCUGCUGAAUAUGGUGACUCCUGAAGAGCUGAUGGAUAACGAUGACUACGAGGAGAUUUGUGACGAUGUUCGCGAGGAAUGCUCCAAGUACGGGCAGAUUGUGGAAAUCAAGGUUCCCCGACCAGUUGGCGGCAGCCGACAGUCUGCCGGCGUGGGCAAGAUUUAUGUCAAGUAUGACACCCCAGAAUCGGCUACCAAGGCUCUCAAGGCCCUGGCUGGCAGGAAGUUCGCCGACCGGACCGUGGUCACGACGUACUUCCCUGAGGAGAACUUUGAGGUGGGCGCUUGGUAA